AUGGACGUGGAGGACGCGGCGACGCUGAGCUACGAGGCCUUCUGCGCGCGUUACAUGGCGCGCAACCGGCCGGUUCUGCUGCGCAACGUGACGGAUAAGUGGUUCCCGGGCGCAGCGCAGUGGAAAGACGGACAGAGAAUUAAUUUCCAGCAUUUGAAGGCGAAGUACGGGGCUGCAGAGGCGCCGGUGGCGAGUGGUGACGUAGCGGAGUACGGAGCGGAGGAGCGAUGCACCUUGAGACUCGACGAGUACUUGGAGCUGAUUGAGAAUGGGACCGUGGGCAAGAGAUACCUCAAGGACUGGCACUUUGUGCACGCUUUCGGUCACGACGUUUAUGAAACCCCGCCGUUUUUCAAGGACGACUGGCUCAACUGGUGGUGGGACCACAAGGAGAAGAGCGAGAGUGACUAUCGGUUUGUGUACCUCGGACCUGCUGGAAGCUGGACACCACUGCACCAUGACGUGUUCCGCUCAUACAGCUGGUCGGUGAACGUUUGCGGCCGCAAAGAGUGGAUCUUCUACCACCCGGACGACGAGCCGAAGUUGAAGGACCGAUUUGGUCGAUUUGUCCUGCCCGACGUGACGGCGGAGGACGUCGACAGAGAGAAGUACCCUCACUUCCAUGAGGCAAAGCCAAUCUACGUCAUUCAAGAAACCGGUGACGCGAUCUUCGUUCCCAGCGGUUGGUAUCACCAGGUCAGGAACCUCGAGGACACGAUCUCCAUCAACCACAACUGGUUCAACGGAUAUAACGUCCGCGAGCUGUGGGAGUUCUUCAAGCGCGAGUACGCAGCGGUCGAGCAUGAGCUUGAAGACCUGAAGGAGAUGGGCCUCGUCGGACGCGAGUUCGUAGACCAGUGUCAGUUGGUCAUGCUCGCCAACACCGGCAUCAACUACGUCGAGUUCCGCGAGUUGUUGUACGCCAAAGCCAGCUACUUACUGGCACAACGCGAACUGCCCGAGAGCGACCGCCCCACAGCUCAAGAGCGGGAUUUACUUGCCCACCUUGGCUAUGUUAGUUCUUCUCUGCUAGCUUAA